AAAUAAAUAGUAUAGCGAAGUGAAAAUCGAAGCGAAGUUGAAAUCAACCUUUUAAGAAUAUUUGGGUAUCGCAUUACGCAGACAUCGAUAUAUAAGCGAACGACGAGGUGAGGAAUAAACGACAGUACGUGAUCGCCAUGGCGGGGCUAAAUGUGUUCGCGUUUUUGAUGCUCUGGUCUAUGUUGAUGACUGGAAUCUCAGCCAAACACAAUGGUACGUAUUUCAUCUCAGCACCAAAACUAAUUCGGCCAGGCAGUAUUGUUUCUUUGAAAGUCAGCAUCAUGAAUGCAGAAGGACCAGUUCACAUCACAGCUGGUAUACUAGAGGGAUAUCAUAGGGUCCAGAAGCUUAUUGCAAAUACUACUGGGUCAUUUUCUGCUGGGUCAGCUGGUACUCUGGACAUCCAGAUUCCAAGUGGACUGGGUUACGGACGUUACGACAUGUUCGUGAAUGGUACUGGUGGACUGACGUUCUAUCAGAAGAACUAUGUGGAUUUCAGGAAUAAAGGAAUGUCCUUCUAUGUCCAGACAGAUAAGGGAAUCUACAAACCUGGUCAUACUGUUCAUAUGAGGGUCUUCGCACUUCUGCCAAAUCUCCAGAGCUAUAUGGGAAAGAUGACUGUUGAUAUUGUGGACCCAAACAACAACAAGAUGGCUCACUGGCCUGAUCUUCAAGAGCCUUAUGGUGUCAUCAAGAAGGAUUUCAAACUUACAAGCCAACCUGUCAUGGGAAACUGGAGGAUCUCAGUGUCAGGAAAGGGAGAAAAUCAUAAUCAAUAUUUUGAAGUCAAGGAAUACGUUCUUCCCAAGUUCGAGGUAACCAUCACUCUUCCACCGCUUAUCUUGAAGAAAGAUUCAAAAUUCCGGGGUUCAGUGUCAUCAAAGUACACUUAUGGACAGGGUGUUAAAGGUACACUUGACAUUGAAGUGUAUUUCAAUGCCUGGAGUAACCAAAAGAUCAAGAAACAGCUACAGCUGACAGGAACAACUUCCUUUGACUUUGACAUGGAAGAAAUCCUGCGUCUUUACCUCAGGACCUACAAACAGGAUUAUGAGUGUAAGUUAUACCAGUCCUGGUACACACUUAGUGUCAAUGCAACAGUCACAGAAGGACUGACAGGAAAGACUGCAAGUAACGAAGAGAGCGUCAAGUUUUAUUACUCGGAUAUCAAGUUAGAGUUCCCUUCAUUUAAUCCAAAGAAUUAUAAGCCAGGACUUGAUUUCAGCACAGUGCUCAAGGUGACUCGAAAUGAUGGUGAGUUGGUCGAUCCAACAAAACUGAAAAAAAUGAAAAUCUCUGUCAGUACGAUGUACUCAAAAUUGAACCAAGAGCAAACAGUGAUCUAUACCCCAUCCCCAGAGGGCAUGAUUGUCAUUCAUAACCAAGUACCUAAAGAUGCCAAAGAAUUGAGUAUUAGGUCUGGGGAAACAAUUCAGUGCAGAGUCAAGAGCAAUUUCCCACUGGAGUCAUACGUCUUUAUGGUCCUGUCAAGAGGAGCAAUAUUGCAAAUGGACAGCAAGACUUUGAAAAAUGGUGUGAAAGAUGUAGAAUUCAGUUUACCAUCCACUUCAGCCAUGGCACCUUCUGCUCGUAUUGUUUUCUAUUCCAUAACAAAUAGUAAAGAAGUGGUGGCAGACGGUCUGACCAUCUCUGUUGAAAAUCCAUUUGACAAUGAGGUCAACGUUGAGUUUAACAAGGAGUCUUCACGUCCAGGAGACAAGGUCCAACUGAUGGCUAGAGCCACACCAGGUUCGCAGGUGGCUUUCCUUGCAAUAGACAAAAGUGUUUUGCUGUUGAAUAAAGACAAUGACAUUAGUCGCAGUGAGAUAUUGAAUGAUCUACAGUCGUUUGUCAGUGGAUCUGGUUGGUAUCCUUGGUGGGAUUGGGAUUGGCAUCCACGAGGUACCACAGGUGCAGCCUUCCACGUUAAUGGUCGCGAUGCUUAUACAAUAUUUCGGAAUUCAGGUCUUAUAACCUUUACCGAUUGUCUGGUGCACCGAGCCUCACACUAUUAUCCUUAUUAUGGCCAUGGUAUAAACUCAUUCGGAGGAGGAGGAGGAGGAGGAGCAUUUAGAAUGGUAGAAGAGGGAGAAUUUUCUGUUGGAUCCAGCAGGCGCAAUCAAAAACUUGCCUCUGUCACUAAGAUUCGUUCGUUCUUCCCCGAGACUUGGUUGUGGGCCGACGUAAAUGCAAGUUCAAGUGGUGAGGCUCAGAUAUCUACCACGGUACCUGAUACCAUCACGUCAUGGGUGGCUAGUGCUUUUGCUAUCUCUCCAAAGACUGGAUUCGGUAUUGGGGCGUUAAAACCAAAGCUCAAAGUUUUCCAGCCAUUCUUUAUCUCAUUGGACUUGCCGUAUUCUGUUGUGCGUGGAGAAGAAAUCGCAAUCAAAGCGUUGAUUUUCAACUAUUUAGAACAGCCACAGGAGGUAACAGUUACAUUCAAAGGGUCCAAAGACUGGAAAGCCAUCAAUGCUAGUGGAGGUAAAGAAAACUAUGAACAAGACUCAGUAGACAUAAGAGAAGUAAUAACCGUACCUGCUGGUGAGGGUAAAGCCAUCGCCUUCCCUAUCAUCCCCAAGACACUGGGAAAUGUCCCUCUGGAGGUGCAAGCUCAAUCCUAUGCUGCAGCUGAUGCAGUGAAGAGGAACCUUUUGGUGGAGCCUGAAGGUAUACCACAAGAAUACUCUUACAGCCUGUUGAUUGACUUGAAUACAACAUCCUCUUUCACAAAGACUCUAGAGGUGGCAUUGCCAAACACUACUGUACCAGGAUCGUCCUACGUGAAGGCAUCGCUCAUCGGUGACAUAUUGGGAUCAUCUUUCAACAAUCUUGGAGAUCUACUGCGCAUGCCCUAUGGCUGUGGUGAGCAGAACAUGUUGAGAUUUGCCCCGAAUAUCUUCAUCCUAAAGUACCUGACUAUAGUGAAUAAAGUCACCAAGGAAAUCAAAAACAAGGCGGAGAUAUUCAUGGAACAAGGGUAUCAGAGACAGCAGUCUUAUCGACACUCUGAUGGCUCAUACAGCGCCUUUGGGAGAAUUGAUCCUGAGGGAAGCAUGUGGUUGACUGCCUUCGUUGUCAAGUCUUUCGCACAGGCUAGGGAAUAUAUCUACAUCGAUCCUAGGUCUCUCAGUCAAAGUUUAGGAUGGAUCGCUCGUAAGCAAAAUAAGGAUGGAUCUUUCCCUACAGUUGGCCCUGUCUUGCAUGGCGGAUCUCUACAGGGUGGUUUGAAGGGGAACGUUUCCUUGACUGCCUUUGUGACGAUUGCUUUGGCUGAAGCUGGAAAUGAUACGAAGGUCAUUAAUGUUGCUAAAGAAAAAGCCGUGCGCUACCUUGAAAGUAACUUGGACAAAAUCAUCCAAAGCAAAGACGUGUAUUCAUUGGCUAUAACAGCCUAUGCUCUUAGACUGGUGGAAAGUGGGAUGAGUUGGAAAGCUCGUGCGGCCUUACUUUCCAUGCGAAUUAGAAAAGCCGGAACAAUGUAUUGGUCAAAUGAAAAACCAGAUCCUGGCAGAGCCACUCCAUUCAUUCCUUACUAUAGACCACGCUCAGCAGAUGUUGAGAUCACUGCAUAUACUCUAUUGGCGCUCAGCCUCGAUAAAGAUCUUGUAAAUGGGCUCCCUGUGGUGCGAUGGCUCUCACAGCAGAGAAACGCACUGGGUGGAUACUCUUCUACUCAGGACACUGUUCUUGGUAUCCAAGCCAUGUCAGACUUUGCGUCUUUCAUCUAUUCCCCAUCAAAGAGUUUCAAGGUCGAACUGACUCAUUCUGGGGAUAAAACGUUUAGCAAGACAUUCAAUGUUGAUAAUAACAACGAGAUGGUACUGCAGCAAGUUGUGAUUCCAAAGGUCACCGGAAACAUCAAAGUCACGGCUAAUGGCCAUGGUUUUGGGAUGCUACAGAUUGGAGUAAGGUACCACGUCACUAAGGAACCAGUCAACAGCAACUUUGACUUCAUUGUUAAGGUGCUUAAAGAAGAAGACGACAACAUCGAGAUCGAAGCAUGUGCACAAUAUCUAGGUAAAGAGGAAACCUCCAACAUGGCUGUCAUGGAAAUUGGAGUCGCGUCUGGAUUCGCUCCUGACAAGGAAGUUUUGAAGAAGCUGUUAAGUAACAAGGGACUUUUCCUCAAGAGAACUGAGUCUGAAGACAAGAAGCUUAUUUUGUACUUUGAUAAGUUCGAGAAAGGCAACGCCACUUGCGUCAAAAUUGGUUUUGAGCGAACACAUGCUGUAGGUAAAGGCCAGCCCGUCCCAGCAGUGGUAUACGACUAUUACAACCCUGAAAACCGUGCCCAAGUACUAUACAUGGCAGAUAAACUCAAAGACAUCAGCAUCUGCAGCAUCUGUCCCACGUGUGUAAACUGCAACCAUAAGAAAGUAUUGCCAUUGAAGAGGCUAAAACGAGAAACUCCCAUUCAGCUGGUGAAAAACUCGAGUCCAUUCAGUGGUCCUGGUUUGAUUGUUUCUCUUAUUGCGAUUUGCUUGGCUUACGUUAACCUGUAAAAGAAAAGAAAAACAAAUUAAAAUAGUGGAUAUGACAAAAGGCUUAUUUUAGAAUAGCAACAAAUACACCGGUAAACUACUUUGAAAAUUAUUUUGGCUUACAGUUAUAAUACAAAAACAAAAACAAAAAACAAAAGCAAAAAGGCAGAAAUCAUUCGAGAAAUGGUAGUCAGCAUAAAACAGAAAACCCUAUUCUAACAAUGAAAGGAUUUUUUUUCUUUUGGAAAUUCAGGAUGGAUUUUCAGCUUGGGAUAUAUUGUAAGGUAUUCGCUACAGUAAUAAUAUGUGCAUGUAGAGAUUGCUUGACGUAAUAAAGAAAUUUAGCAUAUCA